AAACCUCAACCUAAAUUUUAAUAUAGUAGUUCAAAAUAUGAGUUUGAUUUGGCAAAUGGCAAUUAAAGACUCAAGUUUGUACAAGUCAAAGACCCAAAAAUUCACGAUCAAGUUUCCAUGGGAAAAUGCUAUCACUCUAAACCAACCUUACAUUUUGAUUCUCAACCCCUUUUUGAGUCAUCGAAAGAACUUUCUCUGCUUUUUUCUUUCCUGACAAACGGCCUAUGUGACUUUGAUUUUCUCCGAAUACUUCAAAUUAAGAGGAAAGAACACCAACCUUUACCAUUGACCCAGUUCACACCUUCUCUUGGCUGUUCAAUCCGGAAUACUGAUUCCAAAUCUUGCAAUGAUGAUGGCCCAAAGUAAUAUUCCCAAUAAGCUUGAAGUUCAAUCUGAUUCAGGGAACGAAGCCGAAUUAGAAAGCCUGGAAAGCAGAAACAGAGGAGGAACAGAGCCCAACAAGAGACUGAACAAGUUGAGAUCAAUCAAGCUCCCGAAAGUUCGAAGCUUCAAGCAAUCCAAGAGAUGGGUGAAUUCUCGAUCUGAUCGGGUUUCCUCCAUUUUAUCCGGCAAUCAAGCAACCCCACAAAAGCUUUCGCCGAUCCCAAUGUCGGAUGCUUCCCCCAAUUACAUGAAGGCCACAAGCUGUUCCAGUGCCAGGAAGGAGAAUUUUCAGGCAAGUCCACGUAAUUCUGAAUCUAGUUUUGGAAGCGUUGAUUCAAAUUGGGGGAAUUCGAAUCAUCUGAAACCAAACGUUGCCCUUUUGGGGCAAAAAUCAGUGAGAGCUUUAACAAGGAGAUCUAGUUUUAAACCCAUGAAGGGUUUAACAAGAAUGUCUAGUUUGAGAUCAAAGAGGUCUUUAAUGAAGAAAAACUCUGGAGGUGCUGAGAUGAAGAGGAAACUGAAGAAGUCGAGAUCAAUCAAGCUCGCAGGCUUUGAGAGCUUGAGACUGCCAACAGGAAGAGCAAAGAACCAGUACGAUCGACCUUCUAUUAUUUCAGCCGGCGAUGCAGCAACCCCGCGAAACCUGUCUUCAACAAACUCUUCUGAUUUGAGGAAGGUGCAUUGUCAGGCAAGUCCUCGUAAUUCUGGAUCUGGUUUUAGUAGCAAUGGUCAGAAUAGGAAGAAUUGGGUUAUUUUGAACCCAAAUUCGGGCUCUGGUCAGAAAACUUUCAUGAGGAAAUCUAGUUUGAGACCUGUGAGGAUUUUAACAAAAAUGUCGAGUUUGAAACCCAGGAGGCCUACUGUGAGGAAACACGAUAGAGCUACUUGUUCUUCCACUCUUAAGAAUUCCAAUUUCCCUCACCAUGUUGAGCUCCAUUCAGGAGGGAGUGAAUCUGAGAGAAUUUCAGUUAUGAAGGUUUGUCCAUACAAAUAUUGUUCUCUUAAUGGCCAUUGCCAUGCACCUUUGCCUCCGUUGAAGCCUUUCUUAUUGAGAAGGAGGCGUAUGUUGAAGACCCAGAAGACCAUGAAACGACAUUUCAGUGGCUUAGAGAAGGAGAUCCAGGCAUACAAGAUGGCGUUUAAUAUCGAUACCAGCAGAGCAGGCUCCCCGACAGCAGAAAAGGCUGGAGAGGAUUUUUUUGUAGAAAUCUAUGCUAAACCUAGCGGCAAGUCAAAAGGUGAAGGCGCACAUGGUGGAGAUGGUGAAGCCAAAAGUGACUCCGGAAGCCUUGAUGAGGUCCUGCUUGGUGAAACAUCAUAUCCUCAAAUAGGUAUGGAAGAGAGUCCAAGCCAACUCAGUCAUUUUCAAGCAGCAAACUGUUCAAACAAAAAGGGGUCGGAUGAAUCAGUUUCUGAAGCCACUGAUAGAGACUGGAAAGAAGAGGAAAUUGUGGCAUCCAAUCUUGAUAAUGAGUCCCAUAAUUCCAAUGUCAUUGAUGAUCAACCAGAUUCUGUUGUGUUCUGUUCGCUGGAGGGAGAAGGGCCUGGCUUAUGCAACAAGCCCUCCUCAACGCUGGAUGAUACUGAAAGCACAAGUCAUGAGGAAGUUGCUGUGGGUGGAAAUGUCUUCCAAGAAGUCCAUGAAGAAUUUGUUUCCGUUUUGAACUCAGAAUCCAAUGAGGGUGGUUCUGAAUCAAAUGGUGAAAAGGCUGAUGAUUUAACCAUUGCAACCGGUGAACCAUCCAGCCCAUCUAAAAGCACACAGCCAUAUGAUCAUCUGGAAUCAAUAACAAUAAAUGGUGUCGUCCAUUCAGCCUCUACUUGUGGCCCCUUGGAUAAACUGACUGAAGGUGGUGAAGAGAAGCAUGGAGUUUCUAAGCUGGAUUAUGGAUCCCUUCGAGGUUGUUCUCCAGCUGGAGACUCUGAGCUCCCAUGCAACAGUGAUGAGGCCAUUGAAAGUCAGUUGGAAAAACAAAAGUUUAUCAGGAUGUGGCGCUUGAUAUAUCAACAUGUAGUAUCAGGCACUGCUGCAAAGGUCAGAACACAGCUAAGUCUUGAUGGAGCGGAAGGAGAAAAACAACAGGAUGAGGCUGACUCAGUGGUCAAUGGUGAUGCUUGCCAGGAUUUCUCUGAAACAAAUCCAGAUAUGGAAGAUAAUGGUGCAGACUGCCAAAAGAUUGAACUCUGCCAAAUUGAUGCCAUUAGGCUGGUAGAAGAAGCAAUUGAUGGAAUCCUCCUUCCAGAAACUCAAGACAACUUAUCUGAUGAUCACUCAGUUACCAGUGACACAAAUUCAGACCAGGAGAUCUCAGAAACAAAUCAUGGUAAAGAUAAGGAACGAAACAUCCCAGCUUCCCCCAGUCCAGCAAAAGAUGGCUUCAGAGAACUCAACGAAAUCCAUGGUAGAGUAGCAGAUCCAGAACAAACAUUGCUCAAACAUGACAAUACUACCGUCCAAGUACGUGAGAAAACAAUUUUCAAGGUGGAAGACAAACCUAGCCAGAAAAUGCGCAAGAGCUGGAGCAAUCUGAAAAAGGUAAUCCUCUUGAAGAAAUUCAUCAAGGCAGUAGAAAAGGUGAGCAAAUUCAACCCACAGGAGCCACGAUACUUGCCCUUGCAGCCCAAGUCUGAAGCAGAAAAAAUAUACCUAAGGCAUCAAGAGAUGGAAGGGAGGAAAAGUGCUGAGGAAUGGAUGCUUGAUUAUGCACUUCAACAAGUUGUUUCUAAACUAACUCCAGCUCGGAGAAGAAAAGUGGCACUGCUUGUAGAGGCAUUUGAAGCGAUCAGCCCACUGCAGGAUAUUGAAUCCCCCUUGAAGCCUACUGCAGCAGUUCCUUUUCAUGGAAAACCAGUGCAAGCCAGUAUUAGUUCCUCAGGUCAAGGUGGGGAAGAAACAGGCAAAGAAAAUGAUGGUGGAAGUCACCCAUUGACCCUGCUCGGUCCUGAAGUGAGGCUCAAAGAAUGUGCAGAACAGACCAGUGAUUCUCUUACUGUGGCACAGAAUAUUCCAGUUAUAUCUCCUGAUCUCCAGGAAACAAAUCUAGAUUGUUUUUGCCCUGAAACAGAGCUGGAAAAACCUGUUUCUGUAGCUGCUGAUUCAGAUGGGAAAGGAGAAGAAAUUGCUGCUUCCAGUCUUGAUAAUGGGGUGGAUAAUUCCACCCUCACUGCUGAGCAACCUGAUUUUGCUGGUGCCUGUUUACCAGAGAUCAAAGAUUCUGGAUUGUGUGAUAAGUUUGCCUUCAAAACAGAAGAUAAUGGGAGCACCUGUUGUAAGGAAGUUCAAGUGGAUGGAGAGAUUCUGCAAGAUGUCCAUCAAGAAAUAAUUUCAAGUUUGAAGUCUGAACCUUGCAAUUGCAAUUUUGAAGCGAAUGGCAAACAUCUUGAGAUUGGUAAUUUCACUGAUGAAUCAUUGGGCAUAAAUAAAAGUCCAAUCCAAGAGGAUUCUGAGGGAUGGACCACAAUCAACAAGGUGGUCUCUUCAGCUUCCGUUUGUGAUUCAGUGGAGGAACAACGUGUGGUCAAUGAAAAGAUCAAUGGAAGUCUUGAUCCAGACUAUGGAUACCUUCGAGGAAAUCCUUCACCUGGAGAUUCUGAACCUGAAUCCAAUACCGAUGUCACCUACAGAAACCAGAUGGACAAACAGACACGUAACAGGAUGUGGUACCUGAUAUAUCAGCACGUAGUAUCAGGAAUUGGAGCAAAUGUUGAAAGCCAUGGACUUCUAGAUGAUGUCAACAAGACCCUUCCUCAGGGUGCCUCCGAAACAGAUCAGAAUAAGGGUAUGGAAAAUCAUGAUGCGUACUGUGAAGACACUGAACUCCGCCAGAGUGACGCAAUUAAGCUGGUACAAGAAGCAAUUGAUCAAAUGCUUUCACCUCAAAGCGAAGACCACCCACUGGAUAAUCCUUCAAGCACCGGUGUCAUAACUGCAGAACAGGAGCUCUUAGGAGAGAAUCAGGUUGAAGGGAGGGAACUGAGCAUCUCAGCUUCCAACAGUUCUGCUGAAGAUGGGUCCAGAGAAUUUGACAAAAUAAAAGCGAAUCAUGAUAAGAAAGAGGAUCCAGAAGAAGCGUGGGUUAAAGCAGAUAAUAUCACAACCCCAAAAGAAGAGAAAACAGUAUCAAAGGUGGGGAGCAAAUCUAACCAGCCAGUGUCCAAGAACUGGAGCAACCUGAAAAAACUAAUCCUCCUCAAGAGAUUCGUCAAGUCGUUGGAAAAAGUGAAGAAAUUCAACCCACGGGGGCCACGAUUCUUACCGUUGAAGCCUGACCCAGAAGCAGAAAAAAUUUGCCUGAGGCAUCAAACAACAGAAGAUAGGAAAAACUCUGAGGAGUGGAUGCUGGAUUAUGCACUUCAACAGGUUGUCACUAAACUAUCUCCAGCUCGAAGACGAAGAGUGGAGCUGCUUGUGGAAGCUUUUGAAACAGUUACUCCACCAUCCCAAAUUGAAGCUCAAAAAAGGCACAAUGCGGCCUCACGGGCCACUAGUUGGCCACUAAGGUAAGAAUAACGGCUGUUUCUUCCUCUCGGAUAUAAUUUUUGGGUGAUCCAUGUAAGAAAAAAAAAAAAAAUAUCUUCCGGGCUUCUCUGAGUUUUGUUUUUGAUCCGUCUGCAAAAAAAAAAAGGUGGCCAAUUGUAAGUUUGUAACUAAUUUAUUUGUCAUUGUGCCAUAUGGUAGGUGGCUUUGUGGUUCAAUACUCAAUAGUGAGUGAAAGGUAUAUAUAUAAUAAUAAGAUUUCUGUAAUUUUCAGAGCA